AUGUACUUUGAGAAAGCUGUCUUACCUGAUCCUACUCGUGGACAGUAUGGACCUUUUUUCAACGAUCGCCGUCACCCUGAAUUUCGUAAAAAGCAGCACGAUUUUCGAAUUAAUAAGAGCAAACCAAAGGUCUGUGAUACUGGAUACUGUGAGGAGCAUAAGUUAGAGCUAACGGACCCAGUGCUUGUGAGACAACAUCGAAUUGCAGUGUAUGAUUUUGAGACUAUGCAGGAAAAUUGGGUGGAGAAGAUUGACAGUGAUGGAAAGAAGACUAAGGAGUAUCGACCGUUUACAGUAAAUGCUGUGGCUAUGAGUCAUUUGUACGCUGACGAGGGGCAGGAUGAGCCAUUCACGCGGUACUGGUGUGGGGAGAAUGCACUGACAGAGUUCGUCGAGUUCAUACGUACCAGACCAUCUGAUGUUCGUGGCGGUGGUCUGUACUAUCGCGGAUGGCAGUUCUUGGCUCAUAAUGGGAGUCGGUUUGAUACUUGCUUCAUCAGGAAGUACUGUAUCAGCAACAACAUACCUACUGCAGGAUUGGAAACGGGUCGAAAGAUCAGAUCACUUGCCUUGUCUUUAACUAAUAUCAAACCUGGUCCUGACAAUGGGAACAACAGUGUUUCUACACAUCGUAUUGGGGGUAGCCAUGUAACGGAUACUUGCUGGUCAAUGACUGUGACCUUUGUUGACAGUAUGGAUUUUAUCGCCACAGGUUUGGCCAAGUUCCCCAAGAUGUUUGGUCUCAAGUGCGAUGCUAAAGGAUAUUUUCCCCAUCAACUUAAUACACGUGACCAUCAGAAUGUAAAGAUGUCGACUCUGCCAGAUAUUAAGUACUAUGGUCUUGAUGAUAUGAGUCCCUCGUAUGCAAUGGAUGUGGAGACAUGGCAUAGGAAGAAUAGGUUUACAUCUCGGUUUGAUCUACAGGAAGAAAUGAAACGGUACUGUAUCAAUGACGUGAUUAUACUGUGUGAAGGGUUGAAGGUGUUUAUCGACGCUUUUGUUAAGCUCGGGCGCGUGCAUCCUUUAGGUAAUCUAACUAUUGCCGGUGCGUGUAUGAGCGCGUACGAGAGCACGUACCUGCCAAAAGAGAUUAUGAUUGAGCAUACACGACCCAAGCCCGUUGUACAGACGAGCAAGGAGGCCGUUACAUUUUUCAGCGGGUUGAACCAGAUGAUUAUUACCGGUAUGUCACCCACUGUAUGCUAUUUCAACAACGGAUAUGCCGAGGCAACUGGGUGUAAGGGGUGGGGGUAUGGUAUACCUCUGAACGCAGAUCUGUAUAGGAACGCCAGGUAUGAAUACCGUGUGACUGUGGGAGAGAGGACGUUCAUCGCCGAUUGUUACUUGCCUGCUGCCGAUGGAGAGUCUGGGCCUGGUACUAUUAUAGAGUUCAACGGGUGCUACUGGCAUGGGUGUCGUGACUGCAAUAUCCAUGUGUACAACGAGGGAAAGGGUGAACAUGAAAGAAGGUACGUCAACACUUUGGAAAAGGAGAUGACAAUCAGAGCUGAAGGGUUUGAAUUUAUACCUGUAUGGGCAUGCAAGGCCCGUAAGUUUAUUCGGUAUUGGACACAUAAUAAUAUAACCGAUAUGGUAGGACCGACACUGCGUAUCGAUCCCCGAGAGAGUAUGGCUGGAGGGCGGACCGAGCCGUUUGCAAGCCUUGUGGAGGUUGCUGGGAAUGGACGGUGCACGCUACAUUAUGUAGACUUUACCAGCUUGUAUCCAUAUGUUAAUGCUUUCAAGGAGUAUCCUUGCGGACCGAUGACAACGCUGGUCAAGGAUCUGCUCAUUCCCGUGUUACCGUAUAAGAGCAAUCGUCCAAAGAAAUUGUCCUUUGGGCUCUGUGCUGCGUGUAUGCUCAGGGCCGCCAAAUUCGAUCCUGAUGUUGAAAUGUUUCAGGAUGACGAGGAACGUAGCUGGAUUGAGACGUACACAAGCGUGGAUAUCAAGCUAGCGUUGGAGUAUGGGAACGAGUUCCCAAACGUCUACGAGAUCAACAUGUAUGAAGGUCGAAGCACCGUGCUGUUUAAGGAUUACAUGAGUUCAGCUAUACAGAUGAAAAUCAAGGCUAGCAAACCACCUGCUGGGACACGUGAGGAGCAGGAAGAGAUACUGGACUGGUACCGUGAUGAGAUGGGUAUGACUGAUCUGAGCUUGGACGAUAUUGAACUCAAUGAAGGAAUGCGUAACACAUCAAAAAUCAUUGUUAACAGUCUCUGGGGAAAGUUUGGACAGCGUGCAGAGUACCCUGAUAAAAAACUGUUCACAUCAUACGAAGAGUUUGCAGAACAUCGUGAGAGAUACCCAGAUAAGAAGAUGGUCGACUUUAGAUUCUGGGAGGAGGUUAGCGAUGUCAUGGAGGCCAGGUUUAAGACAGAUCGAGCCAACAUUGUAAAGCACAGCACGUUCUACCAACCACAGCUAGCUGCAUUCACUACAAGUCACGGGCGAGAUGUGUUGUACAGAGAUGGGAUAGCGAAGCUGCAUCCAACACAGAUCGUAUACUGUGAUACGGAUAGUAUCGUGUGCAUCUAUGACAGAGACAAUCCAAACCACAAAGAACCGUUCUGUCCUGAAGUGUAUGGGUCAGGUGAUGGGUUUAUACUGGGUACUAUGAAGGAUGAGCUCGAAGGAAAGGUUAUGAAGAGAUUCUACUCACUGGCACCAAAGACAUACGCGUACGAAAAGGAGAUUACAGCAAAAGACAAGGCAAAGGUGGACGCGUGUCAGGACGAAAAUACAAAGAAGCGUCUACGUAGCAUGUUCACAGAGGAGAUCAAGUCAAAAGGAUUCUCAUUAAGUCGUGGGUGUGUGGAGGGAGAGGGAUUUAAUGUAGAUAGUUUUAAGGAAAUGGUGUUGGGGAACCUUGAGGAGAUCAAAACACAUGUAGAGGCAGGUCUGUAUCGGAGUAUGGACUUGGGUGAGCCACGUGUAAGAUCCGAAACAAAGGUGCUUAAGCGACCAGAGUUUAUCAAGCGAAAGCUGUUACCAAUGGAAAACCACAAAAACUAUAGUAUACUUAGAUCAGUGCCUUGGGGCUAUGUAGAACAAUAG